AUGGACCGAGUAUAUUUUUAUGAUAUGGCAAUUUCAAGUAAGUUGGGGUUCCUUGAUUUAUUUGUAAUGUUUACUUUCAAUCCCGCUUGGCCUAAAAUUUCCAGUGUGUUGUCGAACACUACAUUAAAGUCGUAUGACAGACUUUAUAUCAUUACCAAGGUUUUAAAAAUCAAAUUUGAUGAACUAAUGAAAGAUAUAACCAAACAUCAUGUCCUCGGAAAAGUAUUGGCAUCUAUCUACACCAUUGAAUUUCAAAAGCGAGGGUUGUGGCAUGCUCACAUUUUAAUCUUCUUACACCCUCAAAGCAAAUACCCAAUACCUUUCGACAUAGAUAACACCAUUUGUGUUGAGAUUUCGGACUCUAAAGUCCAUCCUACUUUAUAA